GUUUCAACAAAAUUUAAUUAAAUUUUCUCGUUUAAGUUUGCAACACUACCGAUACAUUUUGAGGUUAGGUUAAAUGUCAUCGUUUAAAAGGAUUGCGGGUAUAUAAACAAAAAUAUCGAGAUUUAAACAACUUUUAAGCGACCCGUGAACAGUAUAUUUAACUUGAAUAAUGGCAUUUCAGUUUGGAAAUCCGGGGCAGUCAGCAUUUGGGGCCACCCAAGCAAAAGCACCCACGUUUGGCAGUAGCUUUGGUGCACCAGCAGCUUCAACGGCCUCGACUGGUUUCGGUUUUGGUUCGAGCUUCAACACCGGAGCGCAGCAACAGGCAGCUCCGGCAUUCGGCUCGACAUUCGGCGCCCCGGCCGCCACGGCAACCCCCUCAUUUGGAACUUCGUUCGGAGCACCGGCAAGCAGCGCCCCAUCUUUUGGCACCACGUUUGGCGCCCCAGCGGCGGGCACCUCAACCUUCGGUGCGCCCGCCGGUAACGCUUCCUUGUUCGGCGCUUCCGCUGCGAAACCUUCGCUGUUCGGAGCGCCCACCUCGUCCGCUCCCAGUCUGUUUUCUACGCCGGCGUCCGGCGGAAGCAGUUUGUUCACGCAGGCAGGCGGUCUGUUUGGAAACACGCAAACCAGCGCGGCGCCCAGUUUAUUCGGAACUUCCACUUCACAAGCUGCUCCACUUUUCGGCAACACAUUUGGCAACACGCAGACUUCAACGCCGAGUCUGUUUGGCAAUACUGGUACCACUCAGCCUGGUUUUGGCGGUGGAGGUUUGUUUGGACAGACGGCUACCACUUCAGCGCCCUCUUUAUUUGGUACCGGUGGGUUUGGUACUACGACUGGAUUUGGUAAUACGACUGGGGCCUUUGGAGGCUUUGGUACUGGUACUAGCGCGCCUAAUUUGUUUGGAAACACUUUUGGAGCCAAACCAGCAACAGCAGUUGCUCCUACGCAUUCUAGCCAAACCAAUGCGCAACAAGUGGUGGCUAGUGUUUACGCAAUAAACGUGUUUAAUGACGAAAGAGACGAUAUUCUGAAAAAAUGGAACAUGCUUCAGGCUUGCUGGGGUACCGGCAAAGGUUACUACAAUUCCUCCCAACCCCCAAUAGAAUACAAAUCGCAAAACCCUUUCCACCGAUUCAAAACAAUCGGGUACAACAUGAUACCUGAACAAGACAACUCGGAAGGCAUAGUAAAACUUUUAUUUAACAAAAAAGCCUCUGAACUACAAAACCAAAAGGAUGUCCUUAAAAAUGGUAUUGGAGGUAUUUUGGGAAACAAACCUAACCUUACUAUUGAGAUCACGCAGAUUAAAGCAGCAAGCGACUCUCAGACAGAAGUACGGAUAACUGUGUCAGAAAAAGGUGUCACUGGUUGCACCAGAAAAAUCCCGGCCACGGAUUUGGCUUCGUUUUUAAAUCAGCAAACACAAAAACAACAAUUAUCCAACGUUGGAGUUGUAUCAAUUUCUCCUUUUAUAACCCCAAGUAGAGCUGAAUUGGAGGAGUACUUAAAGAAUCCUCCUACAGGAAUUGAUGCUCAAAUGUGGCAGGCUGCCAUUGCAGACAAUCCGAAUCCAAAGAAAUACAUUCCAGUUCCCAUCAAUGGAUUCUCUGACUUGCGAUCAAGAAUGUUAAAUCAAGAAUAUCAGACUGGUUUGCAUCAAGCCUUCUUGGAAAAAGUAAACAAGGAAAUAACUAAUUUAAAGACUAAACAUGCUUCUUCUACAGCACAAAUAAGUGAAUUGAAGCAGAAAUUUUUAGAAUUACAGCAUAGGAUUUUAAGGAUACUAGUGAAACAAGAAAGUACAAGAAAAGUGGGUUUGGCGGUUCAGCCUGAAGAAGAGAUGUUACGGGGUAGAUUGGAAAUAAUGCAUUCACAUUUAAAUGUACCAAAACAAUACAAAGGUCAAAUAAACGAAUUACUAUCCCACGUUAAAAUGAUCGAGGGGAGUCAAAAACAAUACAGUCAAAAUUACAGAGUGGACGCUGAUGCUCAAGAAGAAAUAAAACAAUUUUUGAAGAUGGAACAAAAUGGAAUCUCCCAACUUAUAAAUAUUAUCAACGGCGAUCUUCAGUCCAUUAAAAUUAUCAACGAAGGUCUGCAACAGGUUGUCACAAAUAACGGCCGUUAAAUCUAACUAAAACUAAAGUUUAAUUAUUUUAUUGUCUAUUAUAUCAGGUAUUUGUAAAGAUUAAUUUUUUAAAUAAAUAUUUUUC